CUUGAACCUGGGAGGCAGAGGUUGCAGUGAGCCGAGAUCGCGCAACUGCACUCCAGCCUGGGCAACAGAGCGAGACUCCAUCUCAGAAAAAAAGUAGCCUCCAAGAGCCUAUGGCUCUCAAACAUCUUGGUCUCUGUUAAGAAGAGGCUCAGAGGCUCAGAAGCCCUGCCUCAGCCGAGGCUUUGAGGUGUGUGAGCAAUGGCUGAGGACUGCAGGCCCGGGAAUCUGAGGGCCUCACCCCACUUCCUUUCCAGAGCCAUGACCUCAGGCUCACCUCCUGCCCUCCUCUCUGGCAAGCUGCAGAUGCCCUUUAGGGCCCAGGCCAUGCCCUGGAUGUGAGGGGCUGAGUCACUGGUUUGGCAGUGCCCCUCAAAGCCCAGGCCUGGGCUGCCGCCCACCUGAGGAUGAGGGGUGGGCCAGCUGCCGUGCUCCAGUUGCUGGGGCCUCUUGGGAUCUUGGGAACCCCAUCUCUGAGCCCCGCCCCAUGGCCCCGCCCCUCCCAAGGAGGGAAAAGCGGCUGCCAGUCGCUCAACUCAGGCACUGGGACCUAGAGCUCAGAAGACCGAGAGGACAGACUGCUGUGUUGCCACCACAGGCUGGACCAUGGACCCCCAAGAGAUGGUCGUCAAGAACUCAUAUGCCCACAUCAGCAUCCCCCGGGCUCACCUGCGGCCUGACCUCGGGCAGCAAUUAGAGGUAGCUUCCACCUGUUCCUCAUCCUCGGAGAUGCAGCCGCUGCCAGUGGGGCCCUGUGCCCCGGAGCCAACCCACCUCUUGCAGCCAACUGAGGUCCCAGGGCCCAAGGGCACCAAGGGUAACCAGGGGGCUGCCCCCAUCCAGAACCAGCAGGCCUGGUGGCAGCCUGGCAACCCCUACAGCAACAGUCAGCGCCCGGCCGGACUGACCUAUGCUGGCCCUCCGCCCGUGGGGCGUGGGGAUGACAUCGCCCACCACUGCUGCUGCUGCCCCUGCUGCCGCUGCUGCCACUGCCCCCCCUUCUGCCGCUGCCACAGCUGCUGCUGCUGUGUCAUCUCCUAGCCCAGCCCACUCUGCCAGGGCCAGGACCCAGACCUCAGCAAAUGUGGCUCAGGCAGUGCCUGGACAUUCAGGGUGGCUGUUGUCAUGGGCGUCGGCCCCUUCACACCAGGGACUGGGGCACGGACCCACCAGGAAGGUGGCCGCUCAGCCCGAGCUCCUGAAACGGAAUCCCAGGCCCUAGCUGGAGAGAGACACCCCUGAUUACCUUAAGGCCCAGGCAAUAAAGCAGGGUGAUCUUCCAGCAA